UAAAAUUUUACUAGCAAAAUAAGCUAUUCUAUUCUCAUUCUUUUUCAUUCUCAUUCGCUUUGAUAUUUGCUUUUGUAUUGAAAAUUUGUAAUAUUGACCAAUGUCAGACAUAAUAUAUCCUAUUGGAUGCCGGCCUUUGACAGAGGACUUAGGCACAGAUGAAUUAAUACGCAGAUUAAAGACUCUCGCGCAUACAUUACAAGCAAUGGAACAAGAUGAAGCUCAAAACCACCAGUAUAUUCCAUUAGCAAUAUAUCUUGCCGAUGAUUAUUUCUUAACACAUACUUCUCGUGAUGUACAAUUGCUUGUGGCAUGCUGCAUAGCAGACGUAUUACGUGUUUAUGCACCUGAAGCUCCAUACAAGGACCAAGAACUCAUUAAAACAAUAUUUAUGUUUUUUAUAAAGCAAUUAUAUGGCUUGAAAGAUCCAAAAGAUCCUUCUUUUAAAAGAUAUUUUUAUCUACUUGAAAACUUGGCUUAUGUUAAAUCGUUCAACAUGUGCUUUGAAAUUGAGGAGUGCCAAAACAUAUUUUGCCAGCUAUUUGGAAUGAUGUUUAAAAUUAUAAAUGAGGAGCAUAGCAGUAAAGUAAAAAACUUUAUAAUCGAUAUUUUAAAUCCUCUAAUAACAGAAGCUGAUAACUUUACUUUUGAACUUCUGGAUUUAAUUCUUAUAAAUAUUGUUGAACCAAAUAAAUCUCAAAAUAAAUAUGCAUUUCAACUUGCGGAACAACUUAUCUUAAAAACAUCAGAUUCUUUGGAACCCAUUAUAAAGAUGUUCUUCAAUCAAGUAAUAAUUAUGGAUAAUGUUGAUAAGAAUCUUGCUAUAUCAACAAAAAUAUAUGAUCUUAUUUAUGAACUUAAUUUGAUUAAUCCCAACAUUUUGUGUUCUACACUGCCUCAAUUAGAAUGUAAAUUAAAGUCAACCGUUGAAUCCGAACGACAAAAGGUAGUUGCUCUUCUCGCACGUAUGUUUUCUGAAAAAGAUUCGCAACUCUCAAAAAAACAUUCGGCACUAUUGCGUAUGUUUCUUGGACGGUUUUGUGAUAUUGCAGUCGGAAUACGAGUUAAAUGUGUACAGUCAUCUAUGCAUUUUCUACUUAAUCAACCACAUUUGCGGGAUGACAUAAUAGAGUGUUUAAAAGCUCGUCAACAUGACUCAGAUGAAACUGUGCGUUAUGAAGUGGUUAUGGCAAUUGUCGAGACAGCGAAGCGUCAAUUUAGAAUUGUUGCUGAAUCAAAAGAUCUUUUACAUGUUGUACGUGAACGCACACUUGAUAAAAAAUUCAAAAUACGUAAAGAAGCUAUGAAUGGAUUGGCUUUUAUAUACAAACAAGCCGUAUGUGAUGCAAAUUACCUACCUGAAGAUGUGAAGAAAAAUGUCGAUUGGAUAAAAAAUAAAGUUCUGCAUGGUUACUAUAUGGCAGGAAUGGAAGAUCGUCUGCUGGUAGAACGUCUGUUAAUAACAUGCCUGGUCCCAUAUAAAUUACCAUCCAUUGAACGAAUGAAAAAAUUGUACCAUUUGCUUGGAAAUCUAGACGACCAUGCUACGAAAGCAUUUAUUGAGUUGCAAAAAAAUCAAAUGAAGACACGCAAAACAGUAAGUGAUUGGGUGAAACUACAUCAAACUAAGGAUAUCACACCAAAAUUGCAAAAUCAACUUAAUGUCAAGCAAGCGAUUAUAUGCAAAUUGUUACCAGAUCCCAUAAAAGCAGCUGAAUUUCUUACAAAGUUUAGUUCAAACAUGCGCAAAGAUCCCAGUUUGUUACGGUGUAUGGAAAUGAUUUUAAAACGCGACGUUUCUUGUAAAGAAUGUGCCGACACGAUGUCAACCUUAUUAAAAAAAUUAGGUACACCUAUUAUGACAAACCUCUAUUAUAAUACUGUGAAAAUGCUUAUUGAAAGAGUUGCUUCUGUUAUGGUCGAUAAGGAAUCCAUAGGAGUUUUAAUUGGUCUUAUUGAAAACUGCAUGCAGCGUGGCAAUGUCGUUGAGGAAAUUGGCAUUUCUCCUGCUGAAGCUGGCGAACGUGGUUUAAAUUUGCUAAGCAUGCUCUCUUAUGUGUUUUCCGCACAUUUUUUUACUGAAACUACUCUUCGCCAUAUGAUUUCAUUAUUAAGCUACGAAGAGGAAUAUGCUGCCCCACUUAUCUUAAAAGCAUUUUCUCAUCUUGGUCGGUAUAAACCUUUAGCAGAGGACAAUUCAUUAAUAUUGGAAGAAUUGGCACCCAUAUGCAAGGAUUUCGCUAUAUCUGGUACACCAAAGCAAGCUAAGCAUGCUGUACGUUGUAUUUUUAUCAACAGCCAAACAGUGCCUUUAGUUGACAUAACAACAGCUACUGCUCCUACUGUUCAUCCCAUUUUUACUGAAAUAAUUGAAUCAUUUCGGACCACUUUAGUGCCUGAUUGUGAUCAGAGACAGACUAAGGUUGUUACGCUUGGUCAUAUAGCAUAUAAUAUGCCACAAGCGUUUAUGACGUCAAUAAAAAAUAUGAUAGCAAGACGGAUCGUGAAAGAACUGUUAAUCAAAGGUGUGGAAGAAGACCGCGACUGUGUUUUACCUGAUGGUGAUUGGUGUUCUGAAGAAGAUUUACCGUAUGAUACGCGUUGUAAACUAGAUGGAUUGAAAACAAUGGCACGCUGGUUACUAGGUUUACGUACAGAUGAGCAAGCAGCACAGCGUACAUUUCGUAUGCUUACAGCAUUUAUAAAUCAACGUGGUGAUUUGCUUGAACAAAAUCGACUUUGUCCAGCAGAAAAGUCAUGGCUUCGACUUGGUGCUGCUUGUGCAAUGUUAAAAGUAUGUGAACAAAAAGGUGUUGGAGAUCAAUACAGUACGGAACAGUAUUUCAAUUUGUCUCAACUAAUGCAUGAUCCUGUCGUAGAAGUUCGUGAGUAUUUUGUACGAAAAUUACACAAAGGACUUGGAAAAGGACUCCCAAAUAAAAGUUUGCCUUUGGAUUUUAUGGGAUACUAUGUAUUAGCUGCUGAUGAAUCUGAUAAGAGGGUUCUCGAUUUAGUCCGUAAUUAUGUUGAAACAGAUGUUAACCGGAGACGUGAAUAUUUAAAAAAUAUAGCUACAACAGCAAUUGAAAGUGUAACGGAGGCGCAGACAUUGUAUAUAUUACCUGAUUUUAUGCUAGCUUUCGCAAUACCAGCACUGGUACAUGAUCCUUUAUACACAGAUUAUGAAGAUCGUACACAACUUAAAAUGGUUGAGAAAAGGUUACGAUUCAUAAUAGAACCUUUAAUGGCAAAACGCGAUGCCUUUUCAUAUAGCUUUUAUAAAAACCUCAUUGAAGUAAUGAAAAAUAAUCAGGAUAGCAUGGCAAUUGAUAUAAAUGAUCCCAACAAUUUGAAAUUGUGGGCUGCAUGUGACCUUGCAAUGUACAUAAUCAAUUCGAAAACUGGACAUUGUGAUUCAGCUAUGAAUACUGCAUUUUCGGUUGAUAUUCAACUGCCUGCAAUGUUUUACAAACCACACAGCACGAAUGACUUUCAAAAUCAAAAGAUCUAUAUUCCACUUGAUAUAUAUUCAAUAGGAACAACAAAUUCUAAAACUAAGCUUGUAAGUUCGACACAUUCGUCUAUUGCCACAACUCGUUUGGCUGAAAAUAUAAUUACUGAUCAUAUAUCAAUUCAUGAAAAUUCGUCAUCUAAUAUGCAGGAGAAUGCUGCAUUAUUUGAUGACAUUAAAAGGGAUUCAUCCGAACCAGCUACAAAACGACCACGUUCUGACAAUGCAUUACGUUCUAGCAGAUCAUAAAUCUAUCUUUAGAGUGUAACGUAAAGUCUUCAGAAUGUAGUGAAGGUUGCCUCAGAUUUAAAACUGAUAUUUAUAAAAAAAUAUUUUUGUUAUAAACGAAGUUAAAUUUAUGAUGUAUACUAAUUAAACUAUUUUGUAGUUAUGUUAAUAAGAGAUCUGAAAUUAGAAAUAAGAUAUAAAUAUGUAGUACGUUGAUAUAUAAUAAGUAUGUUCCAUAUAAUUCUAAAAAAAUCCUUAUAAGUGCUUAUAUAAAGAAGUUAAUUCUCUCA